AUGGCUCAUACUCGACUUGCAAGGUAUGAAGCAACAUGGUCCUCUUAUGAAGAUUGUGGUGAUGUGGUCCAUAGGUUUUGGUACGGUUCCUCUGACUCUCAAGUAUCCUUUUCUUCACUCAUGCAAAAGUUAAAACGAGGCAUGUCUACUUUGCAAAGGUGGAGUAAAGGCAAGGCACCUCUCUCGGAUUCCUAUUUACAAGCCAAGUUGCAAUGGUUGUAUUUUCUACAGCAGUCUAUGCCUGCUGCUUCAAUUGGGGAAAUACACCAAUUGCAGAGAGAGAUCAAUGGUUUAUUAGAAAGUAUUAAUGUGAAAUGGCAACAACGAGCCAAAGAACAUUGGCUACAGAAGGGGGAUAGGAAUUCAAGAUAUUUUCACUCUUGUGCUACACAAAGGAAGAAGAGAAACUGUAUUGUGAAGAUUACUGAUGAAAGGGGGAUUGUGUACACCAAGUCAGAGGAGAUUGCGAAGGUUUCUGAGGACAUGAAUGCUAAGUUAACUCAACAGUUUACUGCAGUAGAGGUUGAAAAAGCACUUUUUCAGAUGGGCCCUUAUAAGGCUCUGGGUCUCGAUGGUUAUGGAGCAUGCUUUUUCCAACAUCAUUGGUCAACUAUGAAGGGGGCUGUUUGUCAAGCUUUGUUAUCAUUUCUGAAUGACAACACAUUGGCAGCUUACGAAACACUCCACACCAUGAAUUUUAAGAUGUAUGGCAAGAAGGGUUACAUGGCACUGAAACUUGACAUGAGCAAGACUUAUGAUCAUGUGGAAUGGGGAUUUUUACAUGCUGUCAUACAACAACUUGGCUUUGCUUCGAGGUGGACUCAAUUGAUCAUGAAUUGUGUUUCAACUUCCAGUUUUUCAAUCUUAGUGAAUGGCUCCCCUCAACAGCUUUUCAGUCCAUCAAGGGGUUUGAGGCAAGGCUGCCCACUAUCACCAUACCUUUUUAUUUUGUGUGCUGAGACUUUGAGUUCCCAACUCUUAGCUGUUGAAAGGCAGGGUUUAAUUUCUGGUGUGCCUAUUAUAAGGGGUGAACUGACUAUGAAUCACCUGUUCUUCGCGGAUGAUAGUUUGAUGUUUUUCCAAGCCAAUAUGGUGGAAUGGGGUAGGCUAAAUAACAUCCUCAGCAUCUAUGAACAGGCCUCAGGACAACAGCUGAAUAGGGAAAAGACCUCUCUUUUUUUAGUCGAAACACCAAACCUUCUACCAGGGCCUAUAUCAAAGAGAUUGCUGGUUUACAUGCCUCCUCAAACAUGGAAAAAUACUUAG